AUGGCAGGCUCGGAAGAGCUGGGCCUCCGGGAGGACACGGUGAGAGUCCUAGCUGCCUUCUUUAGGCGAGUGUGCCUUGUCUCUGUGUUCCCCUCUCUUUAUAUCUGGCUCUUUUCCUUGUCCCUGGGGUUGCACCAAGAGGCCCUCAGUGGGAGGAAAAAGGGACUGCUUGCAAAGGGGCCUCUGGGGUCACUCUCUGAGGUCCCCUUUCCCAGGAGUCCUGCCCAGGAGGAGCCAACAGAUUUCCUGAGCCGCCUUCGACGAUGUCUUCCCUGCCCCCUGGGUCGAGGAGCAGUUCCCCCUGAAUCCCCUCGGCCUUGCUCCCUGCCCCUCCGCCCAUGCUAUGUUUCAGAGCCUGGCCCAGCAACUCCAGAUUUCUAUGCUCUGGUGGCCCAGCGGCUGGAACAACUAGUCCAAGAGCAACUGAGAUCCCCACCUAGCCCAGAGUUACAGGGAGCCCCACCCACAGAGAAGGAAGCCCUACUGCGGAAGCUGGUGGCCUUGCUGGAGGAAGAGGCAGAAGUUAUCAAUCAGAAGCUGGCCUCGGACCCGGCCCUGCGUGGAAAGCUGGCCCGCCUCUCCGCGGGCUCCUUCGCCCGCCUAGUGGAGCUGUUUUCCAACCGGGAGGACAGCCCUCUUCCUAGCAGCCCACGUCCCAACUUGCCCUGCCCUGGGCCUCCGCCGCCUUCCCCGGAGCCCCUGGCCCGUCUGGCCCUGGCCAUGGAGCUGAGCCGCCGCGUGGCCCGGCUUGGGGGCACCCUGGCUGGACUCAGUGUGGAGCACGUGCACAGCUUCGGGCCCUGGAUUCAGGCACACGGGGGCUGGGAGGGCAUCCUCGCCAUUUCACCCGUGGACUUGAACUUACCCCUGGACUGAGAUCUUCCUCAGAAGCUGCUACAAGAUUAGACCUCCUGUCUCUCUGCUCUUUGUGUGCUUGUCCAAGCCUUCCUGUUCCACUCAGGACUGUGGGGUGGUGGCUGCCCUCCCUGUUUUUGCCAAAAAGAAAUUAAGAUUUUUUUCAUAUUAAAAACUUUGUCAG